AUAAUGUUCAUUGACCUCUCUAAUUGUACAGAAAUUCUCAUUUUAUUUAUUCAUUCAGAGUCUUGUUCCCUCCGUGGCCUGACACGGAACUGGCCAUGGAAGCAAAUUGCUUUUUUCUUCCUUGUUUUUCGUUGGAAUAUUUUAUUUGGCCCCGAGACACAUGGUCCGUUACAGGUUCCUCCGACGACACGAUCGUUAAACCAAAGGUCUGACGAGCUGGAUGGCCUCUGGAUAACUUCUCCCCUUUAUUUCUCCUUCUCAUUCCCUUCCUCUUCUCAUGGACAACAAUAGCAACGCCAACGACGGCCAACAACGCAGUACAUUACCGAGAAGCCUCAUUCCCCAUCUAUACAGCGCCCCCCAGACAUCUCGUGACAGUUCUACUAGGACCACUUUAUCCGAGCAGGAGGAAAUUGAAGAAGAAGAUACCGAGUUGCAGGAGCAGCAGAGAUCUGCUUCUCCAUUUGCUCUUCGCCCAAUCCCUUCAGAAUAUCCAUCAGAAUCGCCGCCUCUUGCUUCUCGCCGUUAUCCAUCGUCUUAUUCAGCCUACGAUCAUUCAGUACAACCACCCAGUGGGCCAGAAAUGCGCCUACCACCUACAGCUCCGGCUAUUCGCAACGAAUCGUCGUAUCACAAUCCUAGACCCGCCCACGUAUAUAAUUUCCCGCAAAUAGAGAUGCAACAAUCGUACGUAGCACCUACGGUUGGAUCGAGCUGGAGAGAAGGCGAGGCUGGACCGUCUACCAUCACUCAGCGAGGUCACCCCAGUGAAACCCGCGGACGUUCUACAGUGGGAUAUGUACCGCCGUAUCGUUACAUGGAUCAGUACCAACAGCAGCCUCAUCACAGAGAGAGUUAUUCCAGACAACAUGAGCCGUACCAUUAUGGCGCAUAUACCCAAGGACAUUCAUUGCCCCAACAUGGAACGGACUCUUUUUUGUCCCCUAUGCAAGCUCACCGUCAAGUUCCUGAGCAUAUAUACGGUGGAAAUCCCCCUCAGCCGGUCCAUCAAGACCUAUAUACGUUUCCUCCUUCGGGUCAACAACCUGAAUCCCAUGGAAGCGUCGCCAGAGGCUGGGGUCCCAUGAUUGCAAGCAGUAGUACCGCGGCAGCAGAUUAUGCAGACUCCAGUUAUCCGUCACUUCCCCCGCUUCCUCAUCCAUCCAGAUAUUCGACUGAACCCGAAGACGAUGAUGGAGAAUACUUGCCUCCAGGACGACGGAAUCAGAAGCGUAAACUAGAGAAUGAUGAGCAAGAACCUGGGAGUAGGCCCAAGAAAACGUUGAUAGCGUGCGAUUUCUGUCGAGGACGAAAGCUUCGGUGUGACGGCACCCGACCUUCAUGUUCCAAUUGUAAAUCUCGUGAUAAUCAACCUUGUGUGUAUCAAAGCCAUCCACGACGGAGAGGACCUGGCAAGGCACCUAAAGGACAACGGAAGAAGAUUGCGUCCAAUCGAGCAGAGACCACCACUCCGGCUUCCGAACGCUCUAGAGCGUCCAACGAAGGAUCGCAGCAUUAUUCGCCCUCAGGUGAUGAUUUUGAAGUGGAUGCACUUCCCCCCGACUUCCGAUCACAACAACAGCAACAGCACCUUCCGCCGAUUCUCCCCUAUCCAGGUCCCCAGGGAGGAUUGAUUUUACCGUCAUCGUCGCAAAUACCGCAAGGCCAACCACAUUUUCCGCCUCAGAGUCAAGAUCAAGGUAGAUUUCAGCAGGUUCAUACUCGCAGGGGAUUAAGAGACUCUGCAGUCAUACCUCAUCCUCUAUAUCCCGAUGACGGUAAUGCUGAGCAUCGAAGUGAACGGACCGACAAUCAAUGGGUCCGACAACGGAACAUUUAGACGGAAAUAUCACCCGGAGCUUCGGCCUUGAACUUCCUUCCCCACAUUCAUAUCACAGUCAAUGACAGAUCCUCCCGAAUUGGUUCCUGUUGCUAUCCGCUCUUUUUCUAGGUACCUUUACGUGCGCGCUCACGGCGCAUGCCUACGGUUCCCACGAUAUCUUCACCCCUUCUAUGUAUGAGAUUUUUCGGUUUUAGAAGCCUAAUAUCUAUUAUAGUCCUCGAUUUUUUUAUCCUCGUAUAUUCCAGUAUUGGAGUUGGUAUAAUUGUUGUAGCGUACAACUGCUUAUCUGUCUGUUUAUUAGCGAUGUUGUAAUAAAAAAGGAACAAAUUUUGGU